CACAGGUGGUCGUGCCAGGCACCGCGGAGAUGUUGCCUAAAGUUCUGCUGAUGCUCCUCAACAUGUUCCUGGCCCUCCAGUGGAGGGUUGGACCUCAUAUUAAACUGGAGAAUAAACCCCCUGACCAAGAUAAGGUAGUCUUCGGCCCUCAGCCUCAGCCUGUUGGAAAAAAGUUUCCAGCAAAAGAAACAGAACUCACUGCUGAUUGCAUGACUGAACGCCCGGGUGGGAAACUGACAAGAGCUUCUCGAAUCCUUAACACCAUCCUGAACAACUACGACCAUAAACUGCGCCUCAGCAUUGGAGAGAAGCCUACUGUGGUCACUGUUGAAGUCUUUGUCAACAGCCUCGGGCCUAUUUCCAUCCUGGACAUGGAAUAUUCCAUUGACAUCAUCUUCUACCAAACCUGGUAUGAUGAGCAUCUUCGUUACAAUGACACCUUUGAGACCCUUAUUCUGCAUGCCAGCGUGGUGAGCCAGUUGUGGAUCCCGGAUACCUAUUUUAGGAAUUCUAAGAGGACCCAAGAGUAUGAUAUCACCAUACCCAACCAGAUGGCUCUCAUCCACAAGGAUGGAAAGGUGUUGUACUCAGUUAGGAUGACCAUUGAUGCAAGAUGCUCACUCUACAUGCUCAAUUUUCCAAUGGAUUCUCACUCUUGCCCUCUGUCUUUCUCUAGCUUUACCUAUGAUGACCAUGAAAUGAUCUACAAGUGGGAGAAUUUCAAGCUCGAAAUCAAUGUGAAGAACACUUGGAAGCUAUUGGAGUUUGAUUUUACAGGAGUGAACAACAAAACUGAAAUCAUCUCCACCCCAUUUGGUGACUUCAUGGUCAUGACAUUCUUCUUCAAUGUGAGCAGGCGGUUUGGCUUUGUUGUCUUUCAAAACUAUGUCCCUUCUUCUGUCACCACAGGACUUCUGUCCUGGGUCUCCUUCUGGAUCAAGAUAGAAGCUGCUGCUGCCAGGGCCUCAGUAGGGGUGAGUUCUGUGCUCACCAUGGCCACGCUGGGCACCUUUUCUCAUAAGAAUUUCCCUCGAGUCUCCUAUCUCACAGCUUUGGACUUCUAUAUUGCAAUUUGUUUCGUCUUGUGCUUCUGUACUCUACUAGAGUUCACUGUGCUCAACUUUCUGACCUACAAUAAUAUUAAACAACAGACUUCUCCAAGGCUCUACCAACUUCCAACCAAUAGCCGUGCUAAUGCACGUACUCGUGCUCGUGCACGAACUCGAGCUCGUGCUCGUGCCCGUGCACACCAGCAGCAGGAAGUGUUUGUGUGUGAGAUUGUCACUUAUGAGGAAAAUGCUGAAGAGGGGUAUCUGUGGUCUCCAAGAUCAAGAAGACCUCAGUGUCCCUGGAGGCGGUGUGGCAGAAGCUAUGUGUGCUUCAGGGUUCUCAGGAAGUAUUUCUGCAUGGCUCCUGGUUGUGAGGGCAGCAACUGGCAGCGGGGUCGCAUCUGCAUCCAUGUUUAUCGCCUGGAUAACUACUCGCGGGUACUUUUCCCCAUUACAUUCUUCUUCUUUAAUGUGCUCUACUGGCUGAUCUGCCUUAACUUGUAG